AUGUGGAGGUUCUCUUUUAGAAUUGGUACUUUUUGGAUUCCAAAACAAAGCUACUGCAGAUGUGUUACGCCCGCACUAACCCACGUUUAUGAGUCCGCGCCAAUAAAUUGUAGCUUGUAUCCCUCUGGCUUAAUUCUGGCUAACGAAGAGAGGGAUUGCCAGAAUGCGUGUAUCUCUCUAACGUUCGAUGCCGGUUCUAGAUACGAAUUACCUCAAGAGAACGGCGUCACACACUUUUUUGAACACCUAUGCUUUCGAGGGACGAAGAAGAGAUCAAAAACAAAUAUCGAAUGCGAAAUGAAUGAGAUCGGGGGAAAGUUCAACUGUUACACCACCCGCGAGAUGAUCGGUUUCAGCGCGGAGUGUCUAUCUGAACACAUCCCCAAGGCCUUAGACCUUCUAACCGAUUGCAUCUUCAAUAACUCUCUGUCGAACACGGAAAUUGAACUGCAGAAGGGUGUGAUAUAUCAAGAAAUGCUCGAUCACGACAGGGACUCCGAGUGCGUAGUAUUCGACUAUCUCCACACCGCGGCCUUCCAUGGAAUUGGGCUGGCCCAAACCGUCAUGGGACCGUCGUACAACCUCUACAACUUUAACGCGACUCUCAUAUCCAAGUACAUAGAGAGGUGGCUGGUGCCGGAUAGAAUGGUUUUCACAUGCGUCGGGCCCCUGAAACAAGAGCAGGUGUGUAACUUGGCGAAUAUGUAUUUGAACAGAGAUGGCGCUUCACCUGGCUUUUCCCGGCAAUAUCGGUUUACAGCUGGUGACAUCCGCUACAGGGAUGAUUCGAUGCAAGUGGCACACGUUGCUUUGGCUCUAGAGGCUCCAGCGUUUCACCACCCCGAUUACCUGCCGCUGCUGGUAGCGGCUACUGCUAUAGGAUCCUGGGACAGGUCCCAGCCCGGGGGGAAUCACUCGACGUACUUCGCUCAAGCAAGUGCUACGGGCAUAUGCAACUCCUUCGAGGCAUUCUACAUAGCAUACAGAGACACGGGCUUGUGGGGAAUUGAAUUUGUGUCUCCAAGAAUGCAGGUGGACGAUGCGCGAGAAAUAAUCCAGGGCGAAUGGAUGAAGCUGUGUACGACAGUGACGGACUCCGAAUUAAUAAAGGUCAAGCAGCAGUUGAAGUGGAAGAUAUUGAAACAAAAUGAAACCGCGGCCGGUGCGUGCCUGGAUAUCGCUAAAUGGAUCUUCUACACAAAAUAUGCGCCCACGAUACAAGAGAAGUUUAAAGCGAUCGAUCAGCUGGUGGCGGACGAUGUGCGGCGAGUGUGCUAUGACUAUAUAUAUGACAAAUGCCCGGCUGUUGUUGCGGUGGGUGCGACAGAAGCUCUUCAAAUCCACAGCAGAAUGAGAGGCGGCAUGUAUUGGUUGAGACUUUAA